AUGACACGUAUGGCUUUUGAUACACGCACGCAAAAUGCGUGGAAAGAAUUAAUUGAAAAAGAAGCAAUGACUCGUGUCUCUUGGCAUCAAACAUUCAAACCAAAUCCGAAUGAUGAUGAAUGGUUUAAGCGUGCAUUUUAUACACAAGCUACAGCUAAACCAAUUGGCCGUUCUUUACCGACAAUUGUGUUUCCUCCAAGACCUAAACCACGUUAUGAUCCAAAUGAUACGUUAGACGAAUUAGCAAAAAAACUUGAUGUUGAACAUAAUCCUAAUGCAUUAAAAGAAAUGUAUCCGGUUAAAAAAGAAUAUAAAGAUGUUUUAUUUGAUGGUUUUUCAAAAGAAGAAAAAGGUCGUUAUAAAUAUUUAAAUUUACGUAAACAAAUUCAACCUGAACAUAAAUAUCAAUAUCCUGUAUCAAAUACAAUGGAAUAUGGAUGGAAAUUAGGUGAAACUGGUCAACAAUUUAAAGCACCAACAUAUGCCCGAGGAAAAAUUGUUGAAGAAUCAUUUUAUCGUCGUAAUGGUGUUUUUGAAUAA